AUGAGAUCCCUCAAACACCUCAAACAUCACUCCAGGAACAAUGUGGAGGAGGAGAGUAGCCGUCUGGCUAGGAGCUACCCCAAAAUGUCUGAGGGCCAAGUGGAUGUGGGCACGCAAACGGAGCCUGUAGUGGUACUGUCUCUGGCCCAGGCUGCCGUCCUGGGCCUCAUCUCCCAGAAUGAGAUCUUUGGGGCCACCAUUGCUCCCAACGGCUUCUACAUGGGAGAGCCACGGGAGUGCCCGCCUCCCCCGCCCGAGGCCAUGGAGUACGAGUACGCCGAUCAACUGAUCGGGGCUAACGGCGACUACCUGGCUGAACCUGCCAGGGAGCGAGAGGCCCAGCCGCACAGCAGUGAAAGGAGGCGGCCAGGGCCGCGCGGUAGGACCAGGAGGCCCAGGAACGAUGGAGAACCGCAGGACCGCCCGCACAAAGUCCCCAGUCCGCAGGCUCAGAUUAAAGGCGAGCACCUGGAGUCCGACACCCCUCCCUCCUGCCUCCACACGGGCCAUAGUCGAAGCUCUUGCAAGUCAGAUGAUACGGCCACCCAACUGGGUUCCCUCAAACAGGAGAAGGCAUGCGGGAGCUGUCUCGUGUGUGUCAGGGAUCCAUCCGGUCAGCAGACAGAAGGGCAGCCCAAGCAGGAGCAGGGAGAGAAUAUGGGCAGGGAAAGAGACGGAAAAGAAGAAGAGCUGGUCGUGGAGGAAGAGGAGGAAGAGGCGUUAAACCUCAAGACCGGAGGAGGGACGGAAAGCCCUCUGAUGAACCGCUACUACGAGUCCAGCGAGGUGGCCUACGAGUCCAAUGACAUGGCCAUGCCAGGAGAGUACGAGGAGAACGGCCAGGCCAUGCUGUGGUCAGACCCGGAGGGCCUCGCCAGGCGCAUGCAGAUAGACCGCCUGGACAUCAACGUCCAGAUUGAUGAGUCGUAUUGCGUGGACGUGGGAGAGGGCCUAAAGCGGUGGAAGUGCCGUAUGUGCGAGAAGUCCUACACGUCCAAAUAUAACCUUGUCACUCAUAUCCUGGGCCACAAUGGGAUUAAGCCUCAUGAGUGCCUGCACUGUGGCAAGCUAUUCAAGCAGCCAAGCCACCUCCAGACCCAUCUGCUUACACACCAGGGGACCCGGCCGCACAAGUGUACCGUCUGCGAGAAGGCCUUCACCCAGACCAGCCACCUCAAGAGGCAUAUGCUGCAGCAUUCGGACGUCAAACCCUACAGCUGCCGUUUCUGUGGACGUGGUUUCGCCUACCCUAGCGAGCUGAGGACCCAUGAGAACAAGCACGAGAACGGCCAGUGCCACGUCUGCUCCCAGUGUGGCAUGGAGUUCCCAACCUACGCGCACCUGAAGCGCCACCUGACUAGCCAUCAGGGACCCACGACCUACCAGUGCACGGAGUGCCACAAGUCCUUUGCGUACCGCAGCCAGCUCCAAAACCACCUGAUGAAACAUCAGAAUGUGCGGCCCUAUGUCUGUCCCGAGUGUGGUAUGGAGUUUGUCCAGAUCCACCACCUCCGGCAACACGCUCUCACUCACAAGGGCAUGAAAGAGUUCAAGUGUGACGUGUGCUCCCGAGAGUUCACUCUCUCUGCAAACCUGAAGAGGCACAUGUUGAUCCAUGCCAGCGUGAGGCCCUUCCAGUGCCACGUCUGCUUCAAGACCUUCGUCCAGAAACAGACGCUCAAAACCCACAUGAUCGUCCACCUGCCGGUCAAGCCCUUCAAAUGCAAGGUGUGCGGGAAGUCUUUCAACAGAAUGUAUAACCUCCUCGGCCACAUGCACCUCCAUGCUGGCAGCAAGCCCUUCAAGUGUCCUUACUGCACCAGCAAGUUCAACCUGAAGGGCAACCUGAGCCGACACAUGAAGGUCAAACAUGGAAUCCUGGAAGCCUCUAUAGAAGGACAAGAAGCCCCCCAAGACGUAGAGGGCCAAGAGGACUACGAAGAGGAGAGCUUUGAAUUCAGCGAGCGAGAGAACCGUGCGAGCAACAACACACCAGACAUUGCGAAACUCUCUGAAAUGGAGUAUUAUAGCAGCUAUGGGAAGGGAGGUGGGCGAUAUAACACUGCAUGAAUUUUUUAAAAUGACCUCAAAUUUAGUUUAAGUGUGAACUAAUAAUACAAAAAAAAGGAGGCAAUGUGAUAUUUUUGGGGGUCUGUGAAAGGCACCGUCCUGGGAUUGUUCUUCAAGGGCAUUAAGUAACCCUGCAGAAUCUGCACACUCGUAUGCACUGGAACCGCUCCUUAUGCUCUGCUAUUUGGAAAUGUAGACAUCCGGCGUAACUCCAUACGAACCUACUGAAAAAAAUAUAUAGUAUUUGGCAAGAGAGGACUCACUCUCACAAAAUACCUGGCGUUCAGUAAAAGGAACAAUAACAACAGGAACAUCCCGCGAGCCUAAAUUAUAGGGAAUUGUUUAGUAAGCUUAAACAAAGCGUGUACUUAUCCAGACAAUCCUGGUCUCCUCCAAGUGAGUCUCCUGGGGUACACCAAGGUGGGAGAGCUGAUCAGGUUUUAGCCAUUUCACUUUGCCAAAGCUUACAAAGUUACGGAAGUAAACGAAAUGUCAUUUUUCCUCACUUUCUGAUUUAUACUGUGAUAAAAAUAAAACGGAGGUGUGCGAGAUGACCCGAAUACCGUGGGAUCCGCAAGUCAACGAUUACUGUGUGUUACUGUACAGAGAUGUAUCGGCCCUGUGUGGCGGCUGGUACUGUGAUCGGUGCACUGCACUGAGGGCCACUUGUUGUGACCAGUCUCGAGUUUUUUAAGUUUCUGAGUUUCCCUGUUUUGACCCCUAGUCUAUGAAUGUAAUUGUUGCUGUGGAAUGUUAAGACACAAAUGAAAACAAAAUCAAAACAACCUUCUAAUUUUAGAUGCCUUUACCAAAGAAUUGGAUCAACCUUUUGCCAGUGUUAAAUAAGGGCAGGACCAGUCUAUUUUUCUUAGUGCUGUAUUGAGCCAAGACAAUGGCUUUCAUGGGGCCCAAUGGCAGACCUCAUCUAAUUACAUUUGAGCCCCCCCCCCCUACUCAUCUGUAGAUUUCUCCAAAAGAUUAUCACAGAGAACAGACCACAAUCCAGCUUUUCUCUCCAGAAACUUCAGUGUUUGUGCCCGGUGCGGGCCUUCAAGGUAAAGCCUACUGCAUUUUUCAAAAGCAAUGCAUACCCCUGCAUUCUUAUUGCAGGUCCUUUUUUUCCAUGGAUGGGUUUCAACAGGAAUUGUCCCAAAUACUUGGACAGAAAUAUUAAGUGCCCCUGUGUGUCUGCAAGAGCAUGCCAUCCAUCACGCUGUACGCUGGUCUAAAGUGAUGAACGACAACCUCCCAACAUGUGACAGGGCCAUGGACCUCAUGGAAAAUGAUUUGGGAAAUGCUCAAUAUAUUCAGCUUCCCAGUGCUUAGCUUUUCAAACAUAACCCGCAAACACGGUCUCCAUCUGCAAUGUCGAUAUAUAGUGCAUUCAAAAUAAAAACGCGAUUUUUGUGAAUUCUUACGCUUUGUGUUCAUCCCAUCACGGUUCGAUGGUGAAAAAGGGGAACUACCAACAUGUUAAAAUUUAAAUGGCUUUCUGUAUUGUUAGACAUCAGUGUUGAGAUAAUGUUGAUAGA